UGAUUCGUUCUUUCUCUGUGUUACCAAGUACCAUGUCUGACAAAGCUGCUGCUAAACAACGAUUCAUUAAUGUCUUUGACGGUUUAGUCGAAGAAUUAAAAGAGAUCUUGAUCUCUUACAAGAUGCCACAAGAAGCUAUCGAUUGGUUUGUUCGUAAUUUGGAUUACAAUACUCCAGGUGGUAAGUUAAACAGAGGUUUAUCUGUUGUUGAUACCUAUGCUAUCUUGAACAACACUACCGCUGACAAAUUGUCGGAUGAAGAAUACAAGAAGGUCGCUAUUUUAGGUUGGGCAAUUGAAUUGUUACAAGCAUACUUUUUGGUUGCUGAUGAUAUGAUGGAUCAAUCAAAGACUAGAAGAGGUCAACCAUGUUGGUAUUUGGUUGAAGGUGUUAACAAUAUCGCUAUUAACGAUUCCUUUAUGUUAGAAGGUGCUAUUUACGUCUUAUUAAAGAAGCAUUUCCGUCAAGAUUCCUAUUAUGUUGACUUGUUAGAUUUGUUCCAUGAAGUUACCUUCCAAACUGAAUUGGGUCAAUUAUUAGACUUGGUUACUGCUGAUGAAGAAGUUGUUGAUUUGGACAAGUUUUCUUUAGCCAAACACUCGUUCAUUGUUAUCUUCAAGACUGCUUACUACUCAUUCUACUUGCCAGUUGCUUUAUCCAUGUACAUGAGUGGUAUUAGUAGCGAAGAAGAUUUGAAACAAGUUAGAGGUAUCUUAAUUCCAUUAGGUGAAUAUUUCCAAAUUCAAGAUGAUUACUUGGAUUGUUUCGGUACUCCAGAACAAAUCGGUAAGAUUGGUACUGAUAUUAAGGAUAACAAGUGUUCUUGGGUUGUCAACCAAGCUCUUUUGCACGCUAGUCCUGAACAACGUAAGUUAUUAGAUGAAAACUACGGUAAGAAGGAUGAUGUUAGCGAACAAAAAUGUAAGGAUUUGUUCAAUGAAAUGGGUAUCUCCAAGAUCUACCACGAAUAUGAAGAAUCAAUUGUUGCUAAAUUGAAGGAACAAAUCGAACAAAUUGACGAAUCCAGAGGAUUAAAGAAGGAAGUCUUAUAUGCCUUCUUAGCAAAGGUCUACAAAAGAUCCAAGUAAAUAUACCUCUUCCAUAGCUAAAUUAUUCAGUCUUAGUACACAUAAUGCAAAAUAAAAUUUGAACAAACUAAUAAUAAUAUAUUUGAAAUCG